AUGAACUCUUCACAUUUAAUUAGCAAUCCUCAACUGGGUAAUCAUCAUCCUCAUCAUCACCACCAGCAACAACAUCAUCAUUAUCUUCACAACCACACACAACAACAACAGCAGCAGCAACCGCAACCGCAACAACAAUCAUACACCUCAAAAAUGCCGGCGACCACAAACAACAACAUCAACAACCAAAUUUCCCAUAAUUACAACAAUAAUAAUCAUGAACAACAGCAGCACCAUACCGGUCUCGUGAAUUCUCGUGGAAAUACACAAACAUCAAACACCACCACCAAUCAAACAUGUAUGACGACACAACAGCAAACAAUGAGUUCGAGUUCGAACCCCACAAGCGGCAGUCCAACCACAAACACAACCACCACACAGGCCACACAACAAAAUAAUAAAUUUGCGCCUGCACGUAGGCUAGCUGCCCGUCAUACUUUACGUUUGGCCAUACCCAAACAACAGGGUGACCUGUCGUAUGCAAAUAACACGGUUGGUGGUGGUGGCAUUUCACAAUUUCGUCAUUCGUCACCAUCGCAACUGCCACCGGCUCCCAUAUUGAAACGUAACACAACGGGAGCCAGCACCACACCACAAGUAAUGUCACAUGUGCCGUCUCCUGCCUCUGUCUCCUCAAAUACAUAUUCUCAAAUACCCAAGUCUGCUUCACCACUGGAAUCAAAUAAUUUGCCUAAUGCCAAUAGCUGCACUGUGAGCACGGCCACACCUUCCACAGCCAAUAGUGGGCAAUUUUUACGAGUACGAAAUCCCAGUAUAACUUUGAAUUCAACGGAUUUAUGCAACACCAACAACAACGAUUUCUUUGCAUUUGCCAAGGAUAUGUCGUCGCCAGCUGUAGGAGACCAUUCACCAAUAUUUGCAGAAAUCGCCUCAUCCAUGUCACCAUCGACCAGCUCGGCAUCGCCAUCAAACCAUUUGAAUCGCCUCUUCAAUUUGAGCCCGUCAACAUUGCGCAGCUAUGGAAAUAUGUCAGAUUUUUCGGAUAGUUCACAGAGCGGUGUCAUCAGCCCGGCCAGCUCGUUCAUUGAAAAUUUCCACAAGAAAAAUGGCACAGUUACUGUCGUCGGUGGUGGUCCGGGCGGUGGGGCAUCAUCAACAUCGUCGUCGGUCACAACAUCGCCAAGUAUUAGCAUACCAAGCACCAUUGGUGGCAGCACAUCACCGUCCAUCAAUGGUGGUGGUAUUGGUGGUGGCAAUCAAAUAGCCCUGGCCGGUGGCGGCAGUGGUAGUGCUAGUCGACAAAUAAAUGCCAGUUCCAGUAGUAGUGUUAAGGAAACAUCAUCAACAUCGUCAUCACAACAG